ACUCGAUGUUAUAUAUUAGUUGUUGAAAUAAGAAAAGAUAUUGGUUGAUAUAGAGCUGUGUAUUUUGUAUGUGUAUGUGUACCAAUAUGAAAGUAACUAAUUUUAUUUGCCUAUUUUACAUCAAGUUAUGUAAAGGGACUGAAACCUAUGGGAAAGGGGGAUAUUCACUUGGCUAACACAUACGGUACCCGAACUUGUAAUAAGAAAUGAAAUAAGGAAAAUCGGAAUAAAAUUAUGGCCUUACCUGGUACACAUACUACGGGAGUACCAUUUUUCAAAUGAAAAUGAGAUUAUGCACUUACUUCUUAGUUAAGCUCGGGAAUUUCAGCUUGUUCAGAUGUAGUUAUUUAAAUAAGUUGCAAAUGUUCUGCAAUAACUGAUUAUGGCACAUUAAAUAGUCUGACCAACAAUUUUAUAAAAAUCGUUCAACUAAAUUUGACUUUUGAUAAUAAUCUCAGUACCUUCUUUUAUCAGUAUAAAGUAAAAGUGAUCAUUUAGAAUAUAAAUAAAUGCACUUUACUUCAUUUAGUGUCACCGGUAAUUUGACAAUACCUAUUCCCAGUCGCCCUGAUCCAUUGUGUAAAAUAAACAUUAAUAUCUUGCAGUCAAUCAUAUAUAAGCAAUAAAAAUGGAAUGCGAUUUGGGCAUUGAUAUUAAUGAACAUAAUGCCUCAAUGAUGGAAAGACUUGAUUUUAUGAGGAAGGAAAAACAGUCAUGUGAUUUUAUCAUAAAAGUGGGAGAAGAGAAGUUUCACGUUGAUAAAAAAAUUAUGAUGGCAGCGUCGGAUUAUUUUGUUGCCAUGUUUUCACACAAUACAUUGGAAAGUAGUAAUGGAAUUGUUGAAAUGAAGGAUGUGAAUGAGGAAUCGGUAAAAAUUUGCAUUGAUUACAUUUACACUGGAAAAGCUUCGAUUACUUUGGAAAAAAGUGAACAACUACUCCAUGUUGCAACUUUGAUGCAGUUGUCAGUACUUUGUGAUAAGAUAGCUGAGUUUCUCAAAGCUAAGUUGAAUCCAGAAUCCUUUUUCAACAUCAGAAGAAUUUCUAUUAAAUAUUGCAAUCAGGCUUUAAAAAAGUUUUGUGACGAUUUUGCAUUAUCGAAUCUUGGCGCAAUUGCAAAAAAAAAGGACCAGUUCAAUCAUCUUGAUGUAGAAUAUAUUCUAUUCCUUGUCGGGCCUGAUAAUGUUGGCUAUUCUGAAGAUUCUAAAAUGGCAAUAUUUCUUCAUUGGAUCAAGUUUGAUAUUGAUAAUCGUGGUAAAUAUUUCACAGAUAAUAUAAGCAAUCAAAAAAUGAGUCAACUUUCAGCUGGAUACACAUCUUAUUUGGUUGAGAAUGAAAGUAUUUGCUCCGAAUCAGCUGAAUUUUUAAAAAAGGCCUUUUUGAAAUUGUCAGUGAAAAUUGGGGUCAAAAGUUCUUCUGUGCGAAUACCAGACUCUGUGUCAUUGGCUAAACUGUUUGUUUUUGACAAAACGUCAAAAAGUGUUCAGACUUUUGAUCCCGAAGACAAGUCUUGGACAAAGUUACACAAUAUGAACGAAAAGCUGAUAAAAACGGAAUAUACAGCUGCGAGCCUGAAUGGUUAUUUAUAUGUUAUGUUUUCAAACUGUAAAGUACAGCGGAUUAACAUUAUGGAAAUAAAUUCAACCUGGAUGAUUUGCGCUGAUUUGAUAAAGAAGCACGGUGCAUUUAUGAGGUCUGUUGUUCAUAGUGACAAUAUAUAUGUUUGUGGUGAUAAUUGGAUGGAAACGUGCAAUCCUGCUCAGAAUGAAUGGACAUCGGUUCCAACUAAUUCAAUACCUUGCAACGAAUGUGCUUUGGUGUCUUGUAAAGAUCUAUUGUUUGUAAUUGGUGGGAAAGAUAGUAGUGAGAAAAAAGUGAAUACAGUUAAUAAAUAUUCUCCCUCCACAUCUACCUGGACAAGGUCAACACCGAUGAAGAUUCAAAGACAGUCUCCAGGUGCUACUGCCAGUGAUGGAAAGAUAUUUGUUGUGGGUGGAUAUGCUGGACCUCAAAAUUAUAUUUCAGAUAUGGAAUGCUACAAUGUAUUGACUGACACAUGGAUCACACUUUCAUCACUGACUAUUCCACGUGAUAAUUUUGCGCUCUGCCUCAUUAACGACAAGUUGUACGCUGUUGGGGGAGAAAAAUCGUCACCACAGACAAUUGAAUGUUACAACAUUUCAAACAACAGCUGGAAAGUCAUAGAAAAGAUGACAAACAUGGUUAUAAGGGCCUCGGCUUCAGUUGAAUCUUCACAAGAAUGUUGAAGGAAUGAUAAUCAUAUUUAUCUCGACUGGACAGUUUGCUAAGUAUUAGGAACAUUCAUGUAAACGAUUAGCUAGGUUGAAAUUUUUUCGUCCUGUUGAAGUUAAAAAAAACUAUCAUUUGGAUUUAUUGCUGUUAAUUGAUCAAGAACUGAGAAUGUUCAAUUUCAUUCCUUUGACUUGGACAAAGUAACUAAAACUAAUAGAGUGAUGGCGAACCACUUACUCGAGGGUCACAAAGGGACCUUACAUGUUUUUUCAGUGACCCACUGGGUCGUGAAAUAAUGCAAAUAAAUAUUCGGUAAUAAAUAUUGAUAAUAAAUCUUGCUUUAAUUCAAUCUAAUAAUAGGUGAACUAUACUUGUGAGGGGUAAUUGGUAAUAUUGAAAGAGUGGCAGAAGGGUGUCACAGCUUGUUAUCUUCACAGAUUUCUAUGACUCCCUUUACCUGUGAUACUUAUUUUGUGAAAAUUAAUUAUGUUUAAUGUCCAUUCAAUACUACUGCACAUGUUGUACAUUGUUUACCACAGAGGGCAGCCUGAAGUUGGUCGAAGCAUCAGAACAGAUUUUUCACAUGUUUUCUUUUGCUUGUAUCACCUUUUCAUUCUGUUGUUACAUCAGAACAGAUUUUCCAUACAUUUGUUUGUUUUGCCUUGUAUCGCCUCUUUGUUUUGUUCUCACAGAAAAUCUAAAUAAACUUUACUUUUAACUUUACCAGUUUGCAGCUACCGACAUUAAUGUUGUUACAAUGUUUAUGACUUAAAAAUACAAUAGACCAAAUGUAACAACUACAACAAUAUGAAAUAGCGAUGAUAGGAUGAUAGUGAUGUGGUUUAGAAUCAAUUGAAAAAUAUUUUUUACUGAGACAGAUUCCCUUAAUUUAAAUCAGUCGUAGAUUUACUAUGAUUAUUAACGUUUGUCUCAGUUCUGAUAUGAGUGCUGUAUGUGUAAAGCUAAAAAACUACACAAUACUUUCCAAGGUUGAUAAAACCUGCGGUAAAUAUGCAAAAGCAAGUUUCUAAUCCAGAUGUUGUUUAAACAUUUAUGACCCACAGUUUACAUUUUCUUAAAAAAAUAUUGAAACAGGUUCAUCAUCACUGAUCAAGUAAAUACAUGUUCCAGGAAUUGUUUCUCUUUUUUUAUUGUAUUUUUUUUCAUUUUUCUCGUUGCAAUUAUAUUUUUUCAUUUAUGUGCUCAAGUCGGUGUGACUUGUUACAUCUACUCAUAUACUAUGUUUCAUUUAAUUUCAGUAUGGUUCAAUUAAAUACCAUCCAUUUGUCAUUUUUUAUCAAGUGUAUGUUAUUCAUUGGCAUAUUUUCAAUCACUAAAUCCCACACAUUUUGUGGUGUGUUCAUGUUUAUUUGCUUCUCAUUGAUAUUUUGUGCAAAUGCAUUGCUUAUUUGACAUUUCGCAUUUGCACGACAUUGAGUUAAACCACACAUAGCUUUCCAUUGCUUGAUAAUUCUAUCAGUUGCAUGACUGUACCAAAAUAUAAUUCCUAGUUCUAGGUUUGAAAAGGUAGUUUAGUCAUUAUUGUUUUAUGAUUUUUAUCAUUAAACAUGUCUAUGAUGUUCUGGCCCAGUUUAAAAGGUAGUUUAGGCAUUAUUGUUUUAGAAUUUUUGUUAUUAUUAUACAUGCCUAUGGUGUUCUGGCCUAAGGUAAUUAUCAGACAUUAGACCAGUGGUUCUCAAACUAUUUAAGCCGCACCUCUGCAGAACUUGUCAAGUCUCGUGCCCCACCUAAAAAAUACCUAAGACUUAUCCUUUGUUUGAUAUUAUUUGAGCUUAUUGGUCUGUAAAAACUUAUUCAUACAAAAUGGAAUUGACUUUCUCGUUUAUAAUAAGCUAAGUCUGUGAUAAGCAAUGACAAGUAAUAUUUAAAAGGAAAUGCCAACCUGAAAAUGAUUUAAAAGAGCUAUUUAUGUGAUGACAUGGUCCUCUGAGGUUGAAGAUUUCAGCUCAGGUUACUCAUUUCGCUACAAUAAAUUUUUGGCUUGUAACAUUGUAAAAUAAUAAUUUAUCUGUGAUGCAGGUGCUUGAUAUUUGACCACCAUAUUUAUCAGUUUAGUCACUAGAGAUAAAUCUUUUACAAUUCAGGCAAAUAUGUGAAUGAGCUGAGUCUGACGUUUUUCAAAUAGUAGCGACAUGUACGUCAUCCUUAGGUUUAUAGCUCAGGUAUCAUUUUUCUGGCAAUUGCAGGUUUUGUGUUUGAAUGUUUUUAUUGUUCACAAGUUAUUUCUCGGUUUUGAAAUAUUAAUAAUUUCAUUCAUUAUUUCAAUUUGUAUCUUGGGUGUAUGAAAAUGAGAGGAAUAUAUUAAUUUAGUGAACGAGCACAAAAAUAUUUACUUCGUUAUCAACAUUCAAUUUA